UCAUCCUACUUUGCAGAUUUGCCUCAAGUAAUAAUCAUGACAAAAGUUGAUGAAAUUUGCCCACUGGUUAAAAAGGACAUAAGAAAGGUGUACACCAGUAAGAAGAUUAAAGAAAAGAUGCAGGAGUGCAGUAAUGCACUGGGGAUUCCAAUGAGCCACAUCUUCCCUGUGAAGAAUUACCACGAGGAGACUGACACAAUUGAUGACAUGGAUCUUCUGAUCCUCAAGGCACUUGAUCAGAUUGUGAAUCUUGCCAAUGAUCAGCUGGAAAACCAAACCUCUUCUGAAUAACUGGAGUGAAGACUUUUUUUCACUUUUACACUCAUGAGAAGAGUCAACAUAGUGAAAAAAAAAUGAAUCAGCAAAAAACUAUACAAUAUGUCAAAGAUCACAGCAUCAAAGGAUGAAGGGCAAUAAUAGAAUAAAGACAUAAAGAGACAUAAAGAAUCUUUUCACAUAUAAUCUUUCAUUUAAGCUCAUUGUCUCUACUAUAAUCAUACCUGGUUUGUGUUUAUUGAUAUUUGCUUUGUACAUUGUACUUUUAUUUAA